GUUCAGGUCAGGAAGUGAGGCUGGAGGAGUCCCUGGGAUUCUCAGCGAUGACGGAGCGGUGCGGACGGUGUUGUUGGAGAUGUAGAAAUGGAGGCGGAAGAGCCUAGUGUACCUGCUGAGGGUGGGAUGGAUCUCCCUGAGCAGAAGGCUGAGAUGGCUGCUGCAGAAACAGGGGCCGGUGAGCCCAAUUCUGCCUUGGACAAGCAGAGAGAGCCUUCUGCUAUCCCAAAUAAUGGUCCCUUGAGUGUGGCAGAUGGCAAAGCAGAUGUGCAGGAGGAACUGAGUGAAGCACGGGAAGAACUGAGUGACAAGGACCUAUCUGAUUCAGCCUCCACAGACAACACCUUGGAGGAUUCCAGUGAAUUUAGCCGGCCUAUGGUGAUGGGUGAUGGACCACCAGGACAGGAAGCAGCGACCACUCAGCCUCGCCCAGUGACACACCGAGAUGAGGAUGUGAUGGCUGACAGUUGGCGGGCGCACAGGAAACAUGUCUUCGUUUUGAGCGAGGCUGGGAAACCCAUUUAUUCACGUUACGGCAAUGAGGAAGCUCUCAGUUCCACCAUGGGCGUGAUGAUGGCACUGGUGUCAUUCAUUCAGAGUGGCGAUAACUCCAUCCGCUCCAUUUAUUCUGAUGAUCACAAGCUGGUUUUUGUGCAACAGGGCCCACUGGUGCUGGUGUCGGUAUCACGCACCCUGCAGUCAGAGCAGCAGCUGCGCCAGGAGCUAUUGUAUGUCUACCAUCAGAUCAUCAGCAUGUUGACCCAGGCCAGCAUCACCCGCAUCUUUGAGCGAAAGAAGAACUAUGAUCUCCGGCGCCUUCUAACAGGUUCAGAGAAGAUCCUUGACCGCCUACUGAACCUAGUGGAGUCUGACCCUUGUUUUCUGCUCAGCGCAGUGCGCUGUUUGCCCCUCCCAGCCUCCCUGCGUGAUUCACUGGGUACAUUACUCCAGAAGGCCAUCACACCCAAUCUGGUCUUCUCCAUUCUGGUGGCCCAGAGUCAGUUGGUUACUGCAGUGCAAGAGAAGACGGUUAUUGAAGAUUGCCGGCUUGAACCCACAGACUUGCACCUCCUGCUCAACCUCAUUGGGGCGACCUCAGCCUUCCAAACUGGGGAGAUCUGGACACCGAUUUGCUUGCCCCGCUUCAACCCAGAUUGUUACUUUUAUGCUUACAUUUCCUAUUUGGAUGCAGACUGUACUGUCUGCCUCAUCCUCCUCUCCACGGACAAGGAGUCUUUCUAUUCUGUCUCAGACUGCAAGAAACGCAUUGAGGAAGGCAUGAGGACUCAGAACUACCUGCAGGCGCUCUCUAGUGGCCUGAGAAGUCCCUCCUAUAGUGUGGGGCUGGUGGGGGUGCCAGACCUCCGGCACUUUAUGUACAAGCCUUUGGAUAUACCUGAUAAUUACCGACAGCUCCCACAGUUUACUAGCCCAGAACUAGAGGGGCCUUAUUGCAGUGAAAAUGAACGACACCGGCUCUUCGACCUCUAUCACUACCUGUACAGUCGUAUCCACAGUACCUCACGUCCUCUGCGUCUCAUCUACCAUGUGGCUGAAAAAGAGACUCUCUUGGCUUGGGUCACCAGUAAAUUUGAAUUAUAUACUUGCUUCAGCCCCUUGGUGACCAAAGCUGGUGCCAUCAAUGUCUUGACUAAACUACUACGCUGGAUAAAGAAGGAAGAAGACCGUCUCUUUAUCCGUUACCCACCCAAGUACUCCACCACACCCAAUCCGGGGAAAGGAGGCAAAGGGGCCCGAACUGAUGGUGCUGAGAAUGGCUUCUUUGGAGGUCUCUAGGUCUUCUUUCGUCUUGAGCGCCAUCAUGAACUGUAUCCUGUCUGCACCUCCUGACAGGGAUUUCUCUGUGAGGAGGAAGAGCUGAUUUUGCACUCCACAAGCUGAGCAGGCUCUGUGUGGGUGUGAGAAGAACUACAGUUUAUUCAGGCCAAGCCUGUUCCUUUGGAGAUGAAAUCCCCAAAGCUUUGGGACUGCUAUUUUAAUUUUUUUACUUCACCUAUGGACUUUGGUGCCAUGCUUUACGAGGAGGCCUCAAGCCUAAUUGUGGGUCCUGUGGAUGAGUGAAACGGGAUGUGGCUCUUAGAUCUGUGGAAGUAGCCUAUAAGUGGAAGAUUUGGGAGUUCACGUGAAUUCUAGUUAAAUAUAUGGUUUAGUCUGACAUCUGUUCUAGACAGGGUUGCCAGCAUGAAAACUGGAAAGGGCACCUGUACCUUUAAAACUUGCAUAGAAGAGGGGAUUUCGACCGGCCUUGCUUGUUACCAGGUUGCAUGUCAAGCAAUGCCUGUUGAAAGUUUCCCUUUACACAACCAUGAAAUGUAUUGGAGCCCUCUCCAGUUUUUCAGUCCAGCAAAUCCUGGAGCUCAACAGUUAAUAUUCUCUGUUGGUACGUGCUCAUACCCCUGGGAGCCACAUUGCUUUUUACUGUUUCCUUUUCCUCAUCAGUUCAUGCCCAUGGAAAAGAUUCAGGAGCGAGGACACACCCCUCUGGCUGUGCAUCUCUAGUAGUAUGUUUACAAUGGAAGGAAAAGAGUAACAAAUAGAAGAGCUCUCGUGAGAUACAAAGAUAAUGUUGAUACUGCCUGAAAAUACUUGCCUUUUGAUAAACUCCUUGUUUAUCUGUAUCUGUUUUUCUUCAUGAAUAGUUGUCCAAAGCCAAUCUAGUAGGUACUACAGGUUUAUCAGAAGCAGGUACUUCCAUACAGUGUCUAGUCUAAACCUGGGGCAGGGAAAACUAUGGGCUAUAUGUGGUGUCUGCACCCUACUUUUAUAGUCUCAGAAGUCCCACCAGUCACUUAAAAAAAAAAAGUCAGUAUGAUUUUCACCUCAACAUUGCAUCAAAAGCAUGCAAAAAGCCCUCCCCAGAACCUGUACUCCCUCAAAUAUUUCAGUUUCCCCGUUUUUCCUCCAAAAUGGCAACAGGAAGUGAUGACAUUGCUUCCAGUCACUAUUUUGGUGAAGAGAUGGAGGGAAUUGUUGUGUUUUAGAAUGCUAGGGGGGGUGUCCUGCCUGGGGGGGGGGGGGUAAGGAUAGAAAAAAAACCCCCCCCCCCCACAGGUGCCACCAGCCUAGAGAGAUGAAUGUUUACUAUAAAGGUAGUUGACUUGGGUCACUUUAAUGUCAUCUUGAGAGAAGAAGAGGUCCAGGUCCAAAGAAUCCUAUAUCCUGGCACUAACAGUAUUUUUUAAUUAAAAUUCUUGAUCUCCUUCCUCUGACGGACUUUGCUCCCUUUAGAAUUGGGGAAGCUGCUUCAGCCCUUUCUCUGACACCAUGAGAAACAACAUGUAUGUACGAAGGGUAUUUUGCAAUCCUUCUGGAAUUUUGUUGCGAUUUCUAAAUAUGAUGGCUCAGUUUGUACUGUGUAAUAAUCAUGAUGACGUUUUGAUGUCGUUUUUAAUGUCUUAAGUUGGAACCUAACUGGCUUUGAAAGCUGUCCUCCAUAACUUUCCUCCUGUCUUCCUUUCCCCACUCAUGACUUUAUUCCUCUCCUUCCUGUUUUAAAAUAUUUGUCUUUUGCUGUGUGACUUGACACACUGCUCCUGGGAACACUUCUGUCACUUUGCCUGUACUGAGGUGCCACCCUUCUUUUUCCACCCACUCUGUAUCCCUGUUUCUGUAUGGUUUUUGUAGAACUGGAGCUAGGGAACGACAAACAGACCCAGGGUGAAUUUCCUGUAGGGCUUGGUACUGACAAAUAACUCUACUCCUAUUCCUCCUGUCAACUCCAGAUUUUCUCUGGGUGUACCAACAGCUAGAACAGCUGUUUUUCUCAGAAGGAGACUUGAAAACCUAAUUUGCAAAUAUGUGCCCUGUAUAAACUUGCUGCUGCACCACUGGGUCUGUUCUGUGUCCCUGCCCUUCUUGUUUGGCUAAAAAUAUGUCAAAUUUUUGCCCAGUGGGUAGCAAGAGGAAGCACCUGUUCUCUUCCUCCUGUGGGUAAACCUACCAACUUGUGAUUUCUUAUCAUGGGAUGGGUGAUUUGUGUGUGUGUGUGUUGCUGUUGUGGGGGAAGGCUGGAUUUAACCUGAGAAGCUUGCAUAAGGGUGCUGAUGACUGUUGCCAGUUAUGAUGUCAGCAGAGCACUGAACUGGAUUCUGCCCUCAUUGCUUGUGCUGCAGUGACUGAAGCAAUUGUGCAAUUUGCAGGGUAUCUUUGUUGCUGUUGGGUCCUUCCUGGUGUGUGCUUGCUUGCUCAGCUUGCUUCUGGCUGGCAUUUUUCCUCCUGCCCUGAAAAAAAAAAGAACAGCAGUUAUUCUAUGCAUCAUGUGGCUGACUGACAAUGAGGGUAGAUAUAUCUGGCUGAAUUGAUAUGCUGAGAACUGGAAGCAUCUUAUUAAAUACAAACACAACCCAUUUUAAAAUCAGUUCUAUCUU